UCCAUUUUGCUGUUCAUGCUGGUGCACAGUUUUGGAACUUAAUGCGAUCGUAUUAGUGGAACUCGAUGCGGGAAUAACGGCGCCGUUCCAGGGGAAUAAAAGAGAUGCCCGACGAAGCCGUGCAGGACUCAUCGAGCUGUCCCGUGUCUCCAGCGGACAGCGACCCGAGCAGCAGCAGCAGCGAAGCCGAACAAGAGCGCAACUCCAAAAAGAGCGCACGGAAAAGGAGGUCCAGCCGUAAGGACGCAGAGGACUCGGACAGUUCAGGGCCGGAAAAGAAGGGGAAGAAGUGCGGGGGAAGCGGGGGAAGCACCGGCGACAGUCCGCAGUCUCUGGAGGAACUGCACACACAGCGCGUCAUGGCCAACGUGCGGGAGCGCCAGAGGACCCAGUCUCUAAACGAGGCCUUCACCUCCUUGCGCAAAAUCAUCCCCACCCUGCCCUCGGACAAACUGAGCAAGAUUCAAACCCUGAAACUCGCAGCUCGCUACAUCGACUUCUUGUACCAGGUUCUGCAAAACGACGAGCUCGACUCGAAGAUGACCAGCUGCAGCUACGUGGCUCAUGAUCGGCUGAGUUACGCCUUCUCCGUGUGGCGCAUGGAGGGAGCCUGGUCCAUGUCCGCGUCCCACUAGUGCGCCCGGUCCUAAACGCAGUGCGUGAGAGACUUCGGUGAACUAAACGGUGAUGUUCGUCUUUGCUGGCAAGACAAACGUGGACUGACUGAGUAAAACAAGUGCUGGAUUCCUACAUUCCUUCCUAACCAAAGGAAAAUAAAUCUCUGUGGACUCUGGAGGGAGGAAUCGGGACUUUACACAGAUUUUGACGCUGAAUGUUGGAAUGUUACUGCGCGUCUGAACUGCGCAUAGGAACCUUCACAAGAUUUUAAUCUUUAUUUCUUUAUUAUUAUUUUCCUUUUUUUUUUUUGCUACCGAAGCCUUCAGUCUAAACCUGUGUAAACUGGGACGUAGUAGGAACGUUAUUUAUUUAUUAAUG